GUAAUGCAGAAAAGAAAAUACACACAAUUUUACUUGAGCCUCGGACAGUACGCGUCACUCUCGAUUGAGACGUCGUGCAACGUGCACAGUACCGUGCGUCGUGGUCGUUAGCGGGUCUGCGAGCAGUACGCGUAUCCCGUCUCUUUGAUCUGCUGAACUUCUAUCGUGGUCACCGUAAAUAAAAAAAAUCGGAGAAAAAGCCACAACGCCGCCAAUUAUCAAUAUAUUUUUCAGCUAAUGCUUGCUUUUUUCGCUGAACAAUAAACCCUAUAAAACUGCAAAGUUAAAUAUUUUCUGUUCCCAAAUCAAUAGUGUGGAUAAAUCAACACAUAGGCAAAGCGUAGUGCUAUUCAACUGAGAACGUUAUUUAAAUCGCAUGGGAGACUAUCGGAAACAUUUAACUAGCAUAGAACAUUUAACUAGUCAACGAUGAUGGAAGGAAUUCAGAGUGGUGUAGUGAAAUGUGGUGGCUAUAGAUAUGAUGACGGGACACGCUACAUUGGGGACUGGAAUCAGCGUGGUCAAAAGCAUGGCAUGGGAUCGAUGAUGUUCUCGGAUGGCACCCGCUACGAUGGAGCUUUUAGCAACGGGGUGUGUUCUGGGUUGGGAGUGAUGUGCUUUCCAGAUGGCGCCAAAUAUGAAGGAGAAUUCAUGCAAGGAUGGUUUCACGGGCAUGGAAUAUUCUGGCGAUCAGAUGGCAUGAAAUACGAAGGUGAAUUCCGAGGUGGGCGUAUUUGGGGCCUCGGAUUGGUCACAUUUAGUGAUCAGAGUCACGGAUUUCCUCGAAAUGAAGGUUUCUUCCAAGAUUGCCGAUUAGUGCGCAAAAAGCGCUGCCCGGAAGUAAUUCAGCGGGCCCAGAAAGUGGCUCUGAUGGCGAGGGCCCAGUGUGAUCAAGGAAACUGAUUCGUCCAAAAGCCAUAACACACCGACCGUGUGCAAUUAAAUAAUGAAUGCUUUAAUUAUUUUUAGUUGUCUUUGAGUGAUCAAAUAAAAUUUGGAAACAAA